UAGGAGCUCAAGGGUGGCCUGCUUUUAUGUCUGCCUAUACACUCUCCAAAGCUGCCAUGAAUGCCUAUACAAGGAUUUUGGCUAAGAAACACCCCAGUUUCUGCAUUAAUUGUGUUUGCCCUGGCUUUGUCAAAACUGAUAUAAACUAUAAUACUGGAGUCUUGACUGUUGAGGAAGGUGCUCAAGGUCCUGUGAGAUUGGCAUUGCUGCCAAAUGGCGCCCCUUCUGGUCUCUUCUUCAAUCGAUUGGAAGAAUCAGAGUUUUGAUCAGAUUGUGGGAAAGUAUAUGCUACUUCCUCUGUACUGCUUUAUGAUUGUCUUAGAAUCUCAAACAAGUAAAAGCAUGUUUGAAAAAAUGUUUAAAUAUAAACGUUGUUUGCAAGUAAGGAAUAACAAAGUCUGUGAUUUAUG